AUGAGUACCUCAUCCUCAUUCGAGCCAUCAAAAAUUCAACUCCGACAUGAUCCCCUAUACUACGUGAAACCGGGCCCCGACGAGAAAGAGAAACUAGAAAGCCGCCUUCAUAUACUCGAAAACCAGGAAAUAACACAAUGUUUUCGCGAGAUAGAAGACGAACCGGGAGCCGAUAAAACUACUAUUACGAAUGCCAUCGCCCGCAAAAAAGCCCUUCUAAAGGACGGUAUCACGGUCGACGCGAGCCUACAUGAUCUUGUCUGCGUGUUCGUCGAUGUAUCCGAGAAACCCCUUCUUAAAUCUCGUCAAUGCCUUCUUGAUUCUAAAGAGGAACUACAGAAGAAACUUGAUGCUGUCGAGCGCCAGCCUGUCAAGGGCCAGCCCUUUGAUGCGCUCAUCCCAACUAAUCCAGUUGAGGAUGGGUGUGUGAGGAUUUGUUACAAUUUCUACACCAAGGCCGAGAAUGGUGGAAAGGUAGCGUGGUUAUCACCACGAACGAAACCCACUAGGCGUGUCGAAGGAAGUCUUUUCUCCAGCUUGGAAAAGGGCAAUGGAACGUGA